AGUCGUCAUAAACCCUAAUAUAAAUUCGAUUUCUAAUUCGGCAUUGCAGCUCUCUUGCCAAUCUCUGUGUAGGCGGAACUACAGGAAGAAGAAGCUCUUUCAAAUCCGAGUUGAUCUUUUACUUUUCUUCGCCUAACCAUGUCGAGGAGGAAGACAAGAGAGCCAAAGGAGGAGAAUGUGACUCUUGGACCAGCUGUUCGUGAGGGAGAGCAAGUUUUCGGUGUCGUCCACAUUUUUGCUUCAUUCAACGACACUUUCAUUCAUGUUACUGAUCUUUCUGGACGUGAAACGCUUGUCCGUAUCACUGGUGGAAUGAAGGUGAAAGCUGACAGAGACGAGUCCUCACCUUACGCAGCUAUGCUUGCUGCACAAGAUGUUGCUCAGCGAUGCAAGGAACUUGGAAUCACCGCCAUGCACGUGAAGCUCCGAGCCACGGGUGGAAACAAGACCAAGACACCUGGUCCCGGUGCUCAGUCUGCCCUCAGAGCCCUUGCUCGUUCUGGCAUGAAAAUUGGCCGCAUUGAGGAUGUUACUCCGAUCCCAACAGACAGUACCCGCAGAAAGGGUGGUAGAAGAGGAAGGAGGCUCUGAGUUUUUGGCCUUAUUGAAAUGUCUUUGUUUACUUCCAUGUGUUUCAUUUUGUCAGAAUUUGGUGUUUCUUAGAUUGUGGAAGAGUUUUGGAGUUGAACGUUUUUUGUUAAUUUGAUCAACAUUUUCCUACUUUGAUGAGUCUUUGCCCGUUUUAUUUGAUAGGAUGCGUUGAAAUGGAAUAAUGAAUAAUCAUUUAAUGUGAGAGCUUCUAAGCAUCUUAUUGGG